AAAAAACCACUAGCACGUCUUAAGGUUGUUUUGAAGAAUCACCAUCUCUUGGUUUUUUGGCUAUUUCUACCAAGCAUGGAUUCGAUGAUGAAGCAAAUUUCGCGUAAUAUUGUUUCCCUUCUGGUCAUGAUUUUCUACGUCCUGCCCCUGAAUGGAGAAAUGUGUUCUACAAUGAACCCUGCAGUUGAUGGAGAACACUUGUCGGCUUUACAGACAAGAGCAUUCUUCAAUUUCAGAUCAACCUGUCGCAAAGAGUCAUUCUUACAGAGUACAACAUUAAAAGGAUCUUCACUCUGUGGUCUAAACACGUAUCGGGUUGAUGGCCGCACCAUGAUGGAGCUUCAGCUACCGAUGACGUCACCAGUGCGACUUAGAUUCACAGUCAGCAGUGAUGAGUUUGUAUGGGUGAUAUUUCCCCCCACUGGUCCUGGUUUCGAGGAAGCUUUGCACGUAAUACAUCUGUUAACUGAUACAGCUGACUUUCCCCAAAUAGGAUCCUCAUCUAAUCAGUGGAUACCAGGUCAGUCUAAGAGUGGCGUAAACUACAUUGGAGUUCCAGUUAUCAUCACCUACAAAAACGGUCGUUUCGAGGUGGCAGUCCAAGGGGUGCCAGAAUCUACCCUGACCUAUGACGUCACAUAUCCACCUAAGCCCAGCUGGUUUAUUAGUUUUUAUUCCUAUGUUGAUGUCAAAUGGAAUUUUGCUGAGCCAUGUAUUUAUGAUUUCAAUCCACAGUUCACCGUGCUUGAAGGCUAAGAAAGAAGAAAAAGAGGGGGAAAUUGUGCCAACUAGACAUAGCCUACCUUCAAUGUAAAAAUGCAUCGAUAGACCCACACCCUUAUACGAACAUUACAUAAUUAUUGUUUUGCUAACAAAACAGUUCCUGGCAAUGUAAGCACUUUUUUAAACCCACCAUAGAAGUUUGAAAUCGUUCGGCCAUCUGGGUUAUGAGAACAUUGUGAAAACCGAUUACACAUGCAAAAAAAAAAAC